UCCGAAGAAGCCUCGCGGAGCCCAGCUAGGGAACCUCACCCUCGCCGAGCCUAGAACCGGGAAGAGGCCAGCGGGGCGGUCCUGCGGUCGCCAGCAGAUUUGCCCGCGCUCGUUCACUUCCUUUCUUCCCGGCUGCCGUCGCAGCUGACUUUCCAUCUGACGCAAGGACCCGGUGGGUGAGAGCUGACCUCUGGACCAGAGAGCCGAGCGGGAAACCGAAACUGCGGCGCCCAGCUAACGGCGGCGCAGAGCGCGCACUCGCGUGCCCGGGGCGCGCCCGGCAGCAGCACCGCCCGCGCCCGCCCCCCCGGACACUUGUAAGUUUCGAUUUUCCUGCGAGCCGAGUCCCGCGCCCCGGAGGAGCCUGCACGUCGCGCGCGCCAUGGCGGACCCGGCGGUGUGCUGUUUCAUCACCAAAAUCCUGUGCGCCCACGGGGGCCGCAUGGCCCUGGACGAGCUGCUCGAGAAGUUCAGGCUCCCUGAGGAGCAGCUCUGCGACUUGCUGGAGCAGGCCGGGCCCGACCGCUUCGUGUUGUUGGAGACGGGCAGCAGUCCCAGGGUCACCCUGUCCGUGGUGGCCAACACUCGAGCCCGGGUCUGCCGUCGCAAGUACUGCCAGAGACCCUGCGAUAACCUGCAUCUCUGCAAGCUCAAUCUGCUGGGCCGGUGCAACUAUUCGCAGUCGGACCGGAAUUUAUGCAAAUAUUCUCAUGAGGUUCUCUCAGCAGAGAACUUCAGAAUCCUCAAAAUGCAUGAGCUCUCUGGACUUAACCAAGAGGAAUUAGCAGUGCUCCUCCGACAAAGUGAUCCUUUUUUUAUGCCUGAGAUAUGCAAAAGUUAUAAGGGAGAGGGUCGGAGGCAGAUUUGUAGCCAGCAGCCUGGGUGUGACAGACUCCACAUCUGUGACCACUUCACCCGAGGGAAUUGUGGUUACCUCAACUGUCUCAAGUCCCACAACCUGAUGGACAGAAAGGUGCUGACGAUCAUGAGGGAACACGGGCUGGACGCAGACGUGGUCCAAAGCAUCCAAGACAUCUGCAACAACAAGCACAUGCGGAAGAAUCGCCCCGGGUCGAGAGCUCCUUCCUCACAUCGUAGAGCUGGGCCAUACAGAGCUAGAAGCAAAAGUAGAGAGCGAUUCUUUCAGGGCAGCCAGGAAUUUCUGCCAUCUGCUGCAGCUUCUGCUGAAAGGUCCUCCACGCCCAGUCCAGAGCCGAUGGGCCGCAGGGCUCCCGGGGAUGACGUGCCUGUGGAUGGUCUCACCCACAAGUUCACCUAUCUGGGGACUCGGGAUUGCGCUCAGCCCUCCUCAGCCUCCGCUAAGGCUACCGAUCUUGGAGGAGCAGGUAAGGGCGGGGCAAGCCAGAGGUUUUCAGAGAAUGGUAGUCCCAAAGGCCUCUUUUAUGGGAAUCAAGGCAACACUUACCUUGUUUCUGAUUCAACACCAGCCUCCAACUGGAAGGACUCCACACCCUGGCCGAAGGACCAAGGCACUGGGAACGAGAGUGUGUUUUCUCCAAUUCUAACUGCCACCCGCUCUCCUCUCGGUUCUGCACAAACGCCUGAAUCUGUGACCACCGGAAAGAGCACAGGCAUGCUUUACUCCGACCUGAGGGACGUCGAGGGCAGAAGUGGAACUCAACAUAUGCAGCACGUUCCUCUUUUUAAUAAUAAUGCUGAUGGAGGGGCCACUGGUGUAACUUCUGCAAGAUAUUUCAAUUACAACAGCACAACCAACGGUCAGAGAGAAACAUCACUACCUAGGAAUCGGGACACUGGACCUACUUUCCGGGAUCUCCAGACCACUGGCAAAAUUACAGAAGGUGAUAAUGUAGGAGUGGCAUUUGUUAACGGUAAAUACGGAGGGAAGACGUUUUCGGCUGGUAAAACUGUCCACAAUGCACCAAAUGGCUCUAGUGAAAUUACGGAUAAAACUACUAAUAUAGUAAUAGAAAAAACUGGUGCCACUGGUUUUGGCUUAAAAACAGCAGUCAUUGGGGAAAAAGAUGUAUUAUGCUCUGGAAGUCAGAGUCUGAGAAGCCAGGUCCCGGCCACACGUGGAGAAACCACUGCCCCUGCACUAGUCAGCACCCUGCUUCAGUCACCUUCCUCAAACAACAGAGCUGCAGCCUGUGGGACCCUUGGCCAGAACUCCACCCAAGUCCCUGUUCCCCCUGCCAGUGAGUCCACAAGGAGGACCCCAGGCUCUGCUCAGCAUUCCAUAUCUGAUGUUGCAGAUACCAAGUCUUCUAGGGUGCAUGAUCCUAGCUUAGAGAACAUUUGUCUUGACCAUCUGCAUGGGAGAUGUCAACUCAAUGGGAGCUGCGAUAAAGACCACUUCCACCUGCCUUACCGGUGGCAGAAGCUCAGAGAAAAGAAGUGGGAAGACUUCGAGUCCAUGGAGAAGAUUGAGGAGGCCUAUUGUGACCCCCAAAACCAUGUCUUUUCUGUAGCAGAAGGCACAAUCAAUUUCCAGGAAAUGAUGUGUGGUUCCAUGCGCAUCCGACGCAUGUCCACUCCCGCAUCUGUCACAAAGCCAGUUGACUCUGUCUUUACCACCAAAUGGAUCUGGUAUUGGAAGAAUGAAUAUGGCAAGUGGAUUCCCUACGGGGAAGAGAAAGACAACCAGAAAGGUUCGAACAUUGACUCUUCAUACCUGGAGUCUAUCUAUCAACAAUGCCCAAGGGGAAUUGUGGCGUUUCAGGCGGAUUCACGGAACUAUGAGCUGAGUUUCCAAGGGAUGGUUCAGACAAACAGAGCUUCCAAGACUCAAAAGGACGUCAUCCGAAGGCCAAGCCCUCACCUGGUGCAGACCCCGUCAGAGCCUUUAACCCCGACAUUUCUUCCUCAGCAGGACCUUGGCUUCCAACCCUCGAAUGGGUUUAAGUUGUUAGAGCUCAAUAACCAGCAUCCGGAAUAUGUCCAAAUAAGUGAGCAUUUUAGAGCUUCCAUGAAAAAUUUCAAGAUUGAAAAGAUAAAGAAGAUCCAGAAUCCAGAGCUCUUGGCUAAUUUUAUGAGGAAGAAACAGCAGAUGCAGAAGAAAGACGAAAAACUCCUAUUUUAUGCAACAAGGCACACCCAUGUGGAGUCUAUCUGUGCGAAGAAUUUUAACUGGACCGUCCAUGAAACUCAUGAACCCAAAUAUGGAACAGGAAAUUACUUCGCAAAAGAUGCCUUCUAUUCACACAAAAAUUGCCCGUAUGAUGCCAGACACAUCAUUAUGUUUGUAGCCCGCGUCCUGGUUGGAAAUUUUACUAAAGGAGAGAAGAUGUACACAAGCCCUUCACUGCCAUACGACAGCUAUGUGGACUUUACUUUCAAUCCCUCCGUUUUUGUCAUAUUUGAGAAAGACCAGAUUUACCCAGAAUAUGUGAUUGAAUAUACUGAAACAGACAAAGCCUGCGUGAUCAGUUAGAACUGAUGAAUACAGUGUCCUAAGGAUGCCAUAACCAUUCUAUUCUCUUACAUAACCAAAUUUUCACAGAUAGUAAACUUUUAUAUUUCCUUGCCCUGUUAUCUGGUGUCUUAGAUCAGUGAUUCCCAAACUUUGUUACACAUUGGAAUCAUCUGGGAAUGUAUCUGGGAAGCUUUAAAAAAUUCCAGUGCCCAGGUUGUACCCCGUGCCAAUUAAAUUACUAUUUCUGAGGGUGGGUGGUAUUUUUUAAAGCUCUGCUGAUGAUUCCAAUGUGUUGGAAAGUUUGCAUUGUUUUAGAUGUAACUGAUAAAGGCUGAUUUCUAGAUUUUCUAUAAUUGCAGCUACAUGCCUCCCAUCUACUCAUUUAGUGUACAGUGUGGCGUGGUUUUUUGUUUUGGUUAAAUUGAAAGAAAAUUAAUUUGGGAAAUUUGACAGAAAUCUAACAAUGCCUAUUGAAAUAAGGACAUAAGAAAUGUCUUUCAUCCUUGAAUGAAAGAUUGUGAAAAACUGGGGAGAAAAUGUUUGGGCACAUGCUAGGGAAAAAAAGUGGAAAGUGAAAUUUAAAUGUUGUUGCAGACAUGGCUGCAGUACUAUACCUUAUCUUUGUGAUGAAACUGAUUUGGGUCACACAUUUCUUUAUUGCUACAAUUAUUUGUGGGACAAACUCCAUCCAGGUUGACUCCUUCCGGAAUGCCACAUGUGGCUCAGAGAGAAGCAACCAACUAGAGUUAGUUGCCCAUUUGGGCUCUUUAUAUAAUUAUGGCAAAGUUGACAUUUUGUUGUAAUUGAUGUGAUUACAGAGAAGGCUUUUAUCAGGUCAGGCUUUCAUGAAAUUGUCUGUAUUUUGAGGGAAUAGAAUUGCAGUAACCAAAUUCACACAAGCAUAACUGAUAAAUACUAGUGCUUUUAUAGUUGUUCGCUGCAGCAGAUGAGCCUCACCAAGAAAUUAGUAGCAUUGCCAUCCCUACUGAAGGACGGGCCUCCUAAGGAGAUGAGAUUUGAUUCCGGUUGAGGAUAGAAUCAGAACUAAGAGAACAAUGUCCCAAACCUUGUGCCUACUAAAUAUCUUUUAUUUAAUAUAACGGAUUUCUAAAUGUAGCAGAUCGUAUGGAAUUGUAGUACAGGUUUUAGAGCAGGGGAGGUGCUUGGACCAAUAUCUCUUUCCUUAUAAUGAAUCAGCUUUUUUCUUCCAGUUUUCCUUUUUUAACAUUCCUUACCAGUCGUCAACAUUUCCUGUUAUAGUUCCUUCCAGCAGAUACAUCACAGUUUAUUAAUUAGCAUUAGAGUUGAUUUUAUAUUAGUCAGAUUUUGGACCAGUACAAAGAUCUCCACAAUUCUUGGUUUAAAGGGCUCUACCAGUAACAAAUGUAUACAGAUUUUUUUAGAGUAGGGUUACCUUCUGGGAGCCUUGCCACAAAUGGUUAUUCUCAUUCACAUAUUUUUUCAUGGUAUCAUCCAUUUUGGAGUGUUCAUUUCCUGACCUUGACCCUCACAUUGUAGAGGUGCAUUCUAUCCAACUCUUUCCAGCUGCCUGUCAGACACUUGUAGGUGGAUAUUUCACAGACAUCAUCAUUAAGCACCUGUAGGUGGAUAUUUCACAGACAUCAUUGACUUUACACAUCUGAGACAAAACUCUCAAUCUGCCUCCCUCACACGUAUCAUUACCUAUAUUCUGUAUAUAGGUAAAUGGUGCCACCAUCCACCCAUCCGCUCAAGCAGAAAUCCAGAAGUCACCCUUAAUUCCUUGCUGUCCCUCCCAAUACACAUCUAAGCAGUUCCCAAAUCCACUUUUACCUCUUAAAUGUCUCUGUUACCUUCUAAGUUGUUCUUCUACACAAGCCACUCUGGCUUUCUUUCUGCCAUGUGGCUCCUAUUUUCACCUAGUUCAGUGGUUCUCAAUUAGCACCUUUGCCUUUUUUUUUUAAGGACAAAUAUAAAUACGUCUUCUUUAUUAUCCUCCAACUCCACUUCAGAGGUAAUAUGCUCUACCUACGCACAAUUUUAGAAUUAAGUUAAAAAUUAAAUAAAACUAAUGUUAACAUAAAAGGGAAAGAAAAGGCAUGUAUAUAUAACUUGGGGACAACUAUCCUAGAAGACCUAAUGAAGUAGUCAGAUGUUUACACCUAGUUAUAAUCAAUAAAUUUGAACUUAAAAGAAGGUAGGAGAUCAGAAACUAGUUUGUGCAAAGAAGCAUGAGAAAAUGAAAAAACAGAGAUAUGAGUGGACAUCAGAAUAAAAACUAGGGAUAUAACAACUUACUUGCAUAUGAUAAUAUUUAUUUGUAUAUGAUAAGAGACAGAACGAAGUUACCUUAAUUGAAAUAAAGAUAGUAUGCAAGAAGAUUUACAGAUUGCCGAAGUGGAGAAAAUGAGGAAAUAUUAUGUUCUUUCUUGCAGACGAGCUGUCGUCAUACACGAAUGUCUAGUGAGACAUUCAAAAUUCGUAUAGGGUGCAAAAUGAUAUCUUAUUGUGAGGAACUGUCCAAUGUAUUGCAAGAUGUUCAGAUACUUGGCUCUCACAUACUAAAUGCCAGUAGCACCCCCGUCCCCACCCCCAAUCAUGGUGACAACCACAAACACUGUCAGACCUAUUCAUCCUUUGUAGAGCAGAUAUUUUGUAACAUCCUCUUUGCUGUCCUGAGAUGAUUCAUAGAUGCUACAAUCUACAUGAAUUGCUUUAAAAAUCAAUUUAAUGCCCUAACUCUGUUAUAAUAGAGAAAUAGAAGGCAAGAAAUUUGUAAUGAAAAUAAAAUGAAUUUCAAUAUGUAAAUGCACAGGCAUGACUAUGCCAUAUAAGACAUGAAAUAGAUUGUUUACUCUUACUUAUAAUGAAUAGGUUUGGAUUUAAGAGCCGAUCAGAGGCUUUCUCCUGUGAAGAAGUACAGGAAUAGGAAAGGUUAGAGGUACGGGGGACACUAGAAUGAAAACUAGUUGUUAGGAUAAAUCAGAACAUACCAUAUACCUUGUCUGUAUAUGGCAAAGGAAAUAAGAAAAUUUCCUUACUUGAAAUAAGAAUAGUAGGACAAAACAAAUUACAGGUUGUCUCAGAGGAAACGAAUGAAUUAAACUCUCUCAGACAAGCUGUAGGGUCCUACAUAAAUGUCCAGCAGGACAUUAGAAAGUCGUACGGGGUUCAGAAUAAUUCUUCGUUGUGUGGGAUAGACCCCUCUUCAGGACAUCUCUUGUCCCUGCCUGCAUCCGCUCAAUGCCGGUAAUAGUCCUCCACUAUAAUGAGACCACCAACAACCCACCAAUCUCCUAAAUACCACAGGGAGAACCACUGACCUAGUUGAUGUGUACCACCCUCAGAUUAGGCCAACUGUUAUCUGCGAAGAAAUAGGAAAGCUUAGACCUUUGUUUCCUUUACUUUAUGCCUUACUUUGUUCAUUUUAAGUGUCUAUCCAACUUGAAAUUUUCUGCUGUGUGCAUUGGAACGUAAGCUCCCCAAGGACCAAAUCUAUCUUGUUCACUGUGCCACGCCUGAUGCCCAGCCUAGCUGAUCUGUUGGCUAAGUCUGUUGAAUAAAUUGCCCUGCCUGAUGCCCAGCCUAGCUGAUCCCUUGGCUAAUUCUGCUGAAUAAAUUAAGCUCAACUAUGUAUAUUUCAGUUGAGUUGUAUUGCUUCUUGUUCUUCAGCUGAAUUUGAACCUUCUAAUAAAAAGAAAGAAUGAA